UCCAAUAAGUCAGAUUUGUUAAUUUGUAGUCAUGAUGCUUUGUGCUUCUUCAAGGUGAAACAUGUAAAUAUUAAAAAGAGACAAAAUGUCUCUCUAACUUGGAUUGGAAUAAAAAAUAAUCGAGUAUAUUCCCCUAGAAAUGUUUCUGUUGUGUUUAUUCCGUACUGUUUGAGACGCGCUGUGUGAAACAGUUUCCAUGACCUUUCCACUGUGAGAAUGCACAGAUGUAGAUUAGAUAAGAUAACAGUGCGGAGCAGACUUCUGUUUUCUGUCGUAGGGGAGAUUAUUUUGAUCUUCAUGUGACCAGCAGUGGUUUAAAUAACUGCGGUGGAAACCUGCGAAGGCUGGUUCUGGAAAGCUUUACGUCAGGUUCGGCAAUGGAUGGGUUUAUAUAGGACAUGGUGCUGAGAGUUGAUCACAGCAAACAGAAGAAGAAGAACAACAACACCAUCAUCAUCAUCAUUGCACUGACAGCAUCAUGAAGACUCUCAGCUUCACUCUGGCCAUUCUUCUGCUCACCGUCUGCUGCUGCAACGCCAUGCCUCAAGCUCUGUACUACAGCACGGCGCCUGCGAACUGCUGCUACAGCUUCUUCUCAAAAAGUCUGCCGUCGAGGCUCGUGUCCAAAAUCACCAAGUCCCACAGCUCCUGUGUAAAUCCGGCAUUCAUAGUGGAGACGAUCAGAGGACGACAGAUCUGCUACUCUCAGACCUUCCAGUGGGCUCUGGAUGUCUACGAACAGCUCCACACUGAGGGCAGCGGCCUACAGGCCUGAAGAUGUAUUAUUAUAUAAUACUGUGAUAAAUCAAUGCCUGGUUUUGCAGGCAAACUGGAAACAAUACAAAUAAAUGACCUAAUAUACUGGUUAGAUUAUAUUAAUUAUAUUGUUGUUACUUUGUAUCAGAGAACAGCCAACUGUUUGUUAACUUCAA